AUGGAUUCAGAUACCAAGGAUGAGGCGAAUGUGAACGGUGGGGCGAUUACUUCGACCUCAAACGGGUCGACAGAAGAUAUUCGGGGAAGUGAACAAUCGGAGACUACCAAACUAGAUGCGCCCGAGGCUGCGGCUGCGGGCCCAGAUAGCACUGACGAGGCAAGUCGUCUGCGAGAAUUGCAGGCCGACGUUCGAAACCAGGAUGAUCUCGAAAGAGACAUAUCCCGUCAGGCCGACAAACUGCUCAUGGAGCAGGCGGAUGAACGGGACAAGAAGAGACUCGAAAGGACUGCCGCUGAGAAACAGAAACUCGAGGCACAAAUUCUGAAAUCGCAUCAACGCUUGUCCCAACCCAUUGGUACAUCUGCCAGGGUCCGUUUGAGGAAUGAAAUCGAGAAAUUUGAAGCACGCAAUGCUGAACUGUCAAAAGAUCUCGCGGAGAUCCAGCAACGGAUUGACGAACGACACCAGGGGCAAGAGAAUGGCUCUCAGGUCGCCGGGACUGGCCGCAUGCCCAAUGAAUCUCGCCGGGAUUAUCUCAUUCGGACCGGAAAGAUCACACCGUUUUCGAACAUGAGCACUGGGGCAAACCAUGGUCCUCUUGCCAGUCUCCAGGAUGCUCUUAUUGACGCGGAAGACGAGCGCGACGAGAGGGAGGCACUGGAACAUAUGAAGAAGCAAUCGGCCGUCUCACAUCGCAACCUUGUGCGGCCGGGGUUCAGCUUCGACGAAACUUCCGAGUCCGAGACGCCAGAACCUGCUUCUCGAGCAAGUAAGCGGCGCAAAUUAGACCGUUUAAGUGAGACCGUGAAAAGAGAGGGAUCGGAUCUCGGCGAUGGGGCCCAGUCAGAGGCCCAAGAUGAUUCUGCGAGCUACGUGGAGUCUGAAGGGCAGGAGUCCCCGUCCGAAGAUGAAGACUUUCUACCCGAGGAAAAGCCAAAGCGGGCGGGACGGGCAAAAGCCACAAAGCCUUCGGAUGAGGUGGAAGAUUUCAGCGGGAUGGAUGACGGAAAUGAACAGCUUUACCAAUCAAGGCUUCAAGAUUGGGUCCGUCGCAGGAGCGCUGCCAGAAAGCGUGCUGUCAAGGCACGGGGCGAGCCUGUGGAUGCCGGAGACGUAGACCAGGAUGAACAGGAAGAGUGGUUCAUGCCCCAUCCUACCGUCGCAGAUGUGGAUUAUGACAAUGGAUACCGGAUACCUGGUGACAUCAACCCUCUUCUAUUCGACUAUCAAAAGACGGGUGUGCAGUGGCUAUGGGAACUGCAGCAGCAGCAAGUCGGUGGCAUCAUUGGCGACGAGAUGGGACUGGGAAAGACGAUCCAGGUUAUUGCUUUCCUCGCCGGUCUGCAUUACAGUAAGAAACUGACAAGACCCGCCAUUGUUGUGUGCCCUGCAACGGUCAUGAAACAGUGGGUAAACGAGUUCCAUCGCUGGUGGCCACCCUUUCGCGUAUCCAUUUUGCACACAUCUGGCAGUGGGAUGGUCAACAUUCGCAAUGAAAGCAGCCGUGAAGACGCGCUGCUCUCUGAGACGUGGAGCGCCUCCCGUGGCACCCAGGGUGGCUCGAAGGCCGCGAGGAAGGUUGUCAAACGUGUGUUAGAGGAGGGGCAUGUGCUGGUCACUACCUACUCAGGUCUACAGACCUAUGCCUCCCUCCUGAUUCCCAUCGAGUGGGAUUGCGCUGUCCUCGACGAAGGCCAUAAGAUCCGCAACCCAAACACUUCGAUUACCAUCCAUUGCAAGGAGCUCCGAACACCCCAUCGGAUCAUUCUGUCCGGGACCCCGAUGCAGAAUAACCUUACAGAGCUAUGGUCUCUAUUUGAUUUCAUUUUUCCGAUGCGCCUUGGGACGCUGGUGAACUUCCGGAACCAGUUCGAGUUUCCCAUCCGCCAGGGCGGAUAUGCGAAUGCCUCCAACCUACAGGUCCAGACAGCGGCCAAGUGUGCCGAGACCCUGAAGGACGCGAUCAGCCCAUAUCUCCUGCAGCGGUUCAAGGUAGAUGUCGCAGCGGACCUGCCGAAAAAGAGCGAACAGGUGCUAUUCUGCAAGCUGACGAAGCAACAGCGGCAGGCCUACGAGGCAUUCCUGGGCUCGGAAGAGAUGACAUCUAUCCUCAAUGGGCGGCGCCAGGUUCUGUAUGGCGUCGAUAUCCUGCGAAAGAUCUGCAACCACCCCGAUCUACAAAACCACAAGCUGCUCUCGUCCAAGGCGGGCUACGGCAGCGGCUCGAAGUCCGGCAAAAUGCAGGUCGUCAAGUCGCUGUUAGAGCUAUGGAAAGACACGGGACACAAGACCCUGCUAUUUACCCAGCAUCGGAUCAUGCUGGACAUUCUGGAGAAAUUCGUGAAUUCCCUCUCCGGGUUCAACUACCGCCGCAUGGACGGAACCACGCCCAUCCAGCACCGACAGUCUAUGGUCGACGAGUUCAACAACGAUCCCACUCUGCAUGUGUUUCUACUCACCACCAAGGUGGGCGGGCUGGGUGUAAACCUGACCGGGGCGGACCGAGUUCUCAUAUACGAUCCCGACUGGAAUCCCUCGACCGACGUGCAGGCGCGUGAGCGAGCGUGGCGACUCGGGCAAAAGCGCGAGGUCACCGUCUACCGACUGAUGACAGCGGGGACGAUCGAGGAAAAGAUAUACCACCGGCAGAUCUUCAAACAAUUCCUUACGAACAAAAUCCUGCGGGACCCCAAGCAACGGCAGACCUUCCAGCUGAGCGACCUCCACGACCUGUUCUCUCUGGGGGAUGAAAACCAGGGCCCAACGGAGACGAGCAAGAUCUUCAAAGACGCCGACGUCACCUACGAGGACAGCGAUGGCACCCGACCGCCUCAACCCUCACAGCACGAUGAGAAAAGGGACAUCAGCAAGGUGGUCGGGGUGGCGUCCAUGGAGAAGUUCCAAGGCGAAGAGCAGCCGAGUGACCAAGAGAAGGGGACGGGAACCAACUCCGAGUCGCGCAUCAUGGAGGGCAUCUUCGCCCGAUCGGGAGUGCACUCCGCGCUGGAGCAUGACCAGAUCGUGAACGGCAAGCGAGUCGUGCGAGCGGACCCCAAGAUCAUCGAGGCCGAGGCCAGGCGGGUGGCCGCGGAGGCAGCGGAGGAGCUGCGGCGGGCGGGCGAGGCAGCGCGCUCCGUCCCCAUCGGCACUCCCACCUGGACGGGGCAGUUUGGGCUGGCCGGGAAGCCCGAGGAGCCCCCGCGGUCCGCAUUCGGGGGGAGCAGCGCCGGCGCCAGACGAGCAGUGGCGGGGCCAUCCUCCGCCAGCAUCCUGGCCAACCUGUCCGCACGCACCCCGUCGCGGAGCAACAGCAACAGUCCCGCCCCGCGCACCAGCGGGGUGGACUUCAUCACGAUGAUCCGGGACUUCAUCACGGCGCAGGGCGGGGCCGUGUUCACGCAGAUGCUGAUCGACCACUUCAACCGGUACUGCGACACGCCGCAGCGGUCGGCCGAGUUCAAGGAGAUGCUGAAGACGAUCGCGGUGCUGGAGAAGGGGGGCCGCAACGGGCGCGGCAAAUGGUCGCUGAAGCCGGAAUACGCGAAACGGAGAUGAUGCCACCCAAUCUUAUGUUGGACUGGACUGCGUCAUCCUGCCUUGACGGACCGGGUCCGUAAUCAGCAUCGCGUUAUAGAAGAAACCAUGGACGGCGCGGCGCAUAUCUGCUUGGAGUCGGCUAUCGGCAAGGGAUGGGACACCCAUGGUUUGCGGCGCGGGGUGGGAUAUAUGUAAUAUUAUUUAUGCUGAACCUGUUUCCUGAUACUGAUGUACGAUACGAUAGAAAUGAGUGCGGG